UCUGAUGCCGCUGGCCAUUGCUUUUCGAAGCUCGUGCGCGAACGGUUAUACUUUUUGUAUUACGUUCCGGCGGUCGUUAAAACAAGUUGAAGAGUUGAUAAAAAAUCGGAAAAUUUUACUUGUUCAUUGAUCGGUGGCAAACAAUAAUUCAUGGAUUACGUUUAAUUUUUUGAAACAUUUCUGAAAAUUGUUGCCGAUUUUUGGGUGUGAAUUUAUUAGUUUAUUUUGGAAGUUGAUUUGCGGACUGUUGAUGGACUAUUCAAGAUAAGUGGGUAUUGAAGUUGAGAUUGAAGAUUUUCUGAACCGCCUGGGAAACGACUGACACAAAGGUUGAGGGAGAGAUCUUUUAGAAUUGAAGAUGCGGCGGUUAACGUGUUGGAGUCCCCUGAUAAUUCUUCUCAUAUCAGCGUACACGAUCGAGAAUGCUGAGGCUUGCUCCUGCGAAAGGCCGCAUCCCCAGAAGCAAUUUUGUAGAGCAGAUUGGGUUGCCCGGGUCACGAUAAAAACUCUUGAGGAGCUCAGUAAAGAUGAAGCUGCUUACACGAUCAAGCUUCGGAAGAUAUUCAAGGCUACUCCGGAAGCAGAAAAGGCUUUAAAGAAACACCCAAUGCUGUGGACAUCGCCUUCGGACAGUACGUGUAAACAUAUGGGCAUACUACCAAACGAAACUUGGGUUAUUGGUGGUAGAAUAAAGGAUGGUAAACCCUACACAGUUCUAUGCGAUCUGGCAAUGCGCUGGUCGGAAGUUACUGUUAGACAACGUAAAGGCUUCCGGGGGUUAUACAAUGAAAGCUGUGUUUGCCCCAUCAUCUAUACCCAGUGGCGUAACAAAGGCCAAGUCUUCAAUUCUACUGCUGGUAAAGGAUGUCUGUGGGAGAGUGAACCAGGACCAACACACUGCCAAGAGAGAUAUGGCAUAUGCAGAAUGGGGAAAAGCGGCUGCUCAUGGGAACUUUCUCCUGUAUAUAAAAAGUGUCUUAACCAACAUCAACGCGAGAGGAACCAGAAACUCGAUAGAGAACCUUAACGUGCUAGCGGAUCAUGAAUGAAAUUCUUUUAAUUGAACUUAAGAUCAUUAUUUUAUUUAAUGAAAAGAUUUUUUUACUGCGGGCAGACAUGAGAGUUGAUUCAUUAUAUAGAUCAUUAAUGAAUAGAUCAUAUUCCGUUUUUAUUGUUAAUAUUUUUCGAAGGUACUCAUCUCUGAGUAUAAAAUAACAGGAGUUUUUGCGGUAGAAAUUUUACUGAAGAAAUUAUGUCAAAAGACUUUUCCUAAAUUUAUCAAUUUCAGAGAUAAUUACGGAAUGUUAAAGUUAUGAACGAAUGGGGGCUUGAUGUAUCAGAGAGACAGAAUAUUAUUUGGAGAGAGAGGUGUGGUGAAUUCAAGUUUUAUUGUGAAAAAAAGAUUAGCUUAUUUCACACUGUAAAUAUUUAAGAAUUCUGUUUUGGUUAUUACUAUUUUCGAUGUACAUUGAAUAUUUAAAUUAUUCUAUACCGUAACGAGUAGAUUCUAAGUUACUAAUAAUCGUGAGAUGUUUACUCCUGUACUGAUCGAGUCGCAACUACAUUUUCCUGAGUGAUAGAGGGAAUUUUACAAUUUAAAAUCGCGUUUUCAUGUCGUGUAUCAUUAAAUACUUUUAGAGGACAUGAUUAAUAGACUCAUACACGAUUCCUGAAUCGAUGUAUUGGGAAGAAUGUUAAAUUCACAGGAAAAUUGAUAAAAAAUGGCUAUCAGAAUGGCGUUCGUGUUCUCGAAGUGCUAUGAAUGAAUCAUCAAAUUUUAGAUUUCAGAUGACAUUUUCAAUUUUUGAACUGCGGAAAAAUCAAAACUAUCGAACUCCCUUCAAUUUUUCAUCUAAACAUGAAUAUUUUCUACGAGGAGAACCCUAUCGAGAAGUAGUGGAUUAAAUUCAUGCAAAGAAAUAGACUAUUUUUAGAUUUAAUCGUCAUUCAGUAGCUCACAAAGUUUCAUGAUUGUUCGAUUAUUUUUAUAAAUUCUCAGUUAAGGUCUGCAAAUCUUCAAACAAAACUAAAAAACGAUCAAAUUUUUUAAUAAACUGGAAUUCCGUUCAUUUUUAGUUAUAAAUAUUUUUUUUUUCAAUUUACGUCGUAUAUUAUAUUAUAUGUUAUCUAUUACAAGUGAAAAUAGAUAGCUGAGAAAAACGAUCACUUUAAUGGGUUCAUUAAUGGAUUAUACGUGGUACUAUUAUUCAAUUCCAUAUGGAAUUUCACCCCACGUGAAUGAUUUCAGUGAAAUGGGUCGCUUCUGGGAAUAUCAGAAAUUCUGAAUACUAUCCUUUGAUGAAACCACCCUUCCAAAGACGCCCACCAACUUCUUUUAUUAUCCAACGAUAUCAACCUCUUCCUUCUUUUUCUCAACUCCGCACUAGUCUCCGCAAGUUUCCCUUCGAUUUCCGAUAUGCGUUCAACCCACAAUUCACAUCCUACUCAGAAGAGAAAGUGAAGGGAAGUUUUUCAAAAGAAAACAUUGAGAAAGCAGAAAAAUUUUUCCCCUUUGUGGGGAAUACAAAUGCUUCACUUCAGUACUGCAAUAUUAUCUUGAUGUUGUGUCACGAUAUUUAUGAUCUUAAGUUAUGGCUGCCUUCCUGUUACAUUGUAAUUGGAAAUUAUUUGAAUCUUCUCACUUUGUACGACCAAAAUUUGUAAUCUAAUGAAGACAAUUAAAAUGAGUUUAAAUGAA